AGCUCCGGGGCAAAGCGGAGCGGAGACAGCGAAACACCCGCUGGCUGAGUGACAGAACAGUAGAGAACAGAGAAACAGAAGAUAUGGACUUUCUGUGAGUAGCGCUUUCGUUCCCGGUGCCACAGAGCUGGCCACACGAAGUAGGACUGAGUGCCUCGGAUCCGAGAACCAACAACAUGGCGGAUAGCAUUAUCAUUCGAGUUCAAUCCCCUGAUGGUAUGAGAAGAAUCCCAGUGACCAGACGAGAAACUGCUGCAACAUUUAUUAAAAAGGUUGCGAAGGAGUUUGGGUUCAAUACAAAUGGUUUCUCCAUUUACCAGAACAGAAACAAAACUGGAGAAAUUAUUUCCCAAAACAAAACACUGAGCCUCCUCAAGAUUAAGCAUGGGGACUUGCUUUUUCUUUUUCCUGCGAGUGGACCUGGCCCUUCCAGUGAAGUGAUGGACAUUGUGGUUCCCCAGGGCUCAUUACUGCGACCUCAGACUGCACCACAGGUUGCAGAGGAUGAGAUUGACCAGUAUCUGUCCAGGCAAGACGGAAAGAUUUACAGGAACCGAGAUGCACAGCUGUGCCGCCAUGGACCAAUGGGAAAAUGUGUGCACUGUGUACCUUUAGAGCCUUUUGACGAAGACUACUUGAAUCACCUGGAUCCCCCUGUCAAACACAUGUCAUUCCACGCAUACAUUCGUAAAUUAACUGGGGGUGCUGACAAGGGAAAAUUUGCAGCUCUGGAGAAUAUCAGCUGUAAAAUUAAAUCGGGUUGUGAAGGUCAUCCACCCUGGCCUGAUGGCAUCUGUACCAAAUGCCAGCCAAGUGCCAUCACGCUUAAUCGGCAGAAAUACAGGCAUGUGGAUAACAUCAUGUUUGAGAACCACACUAUUGCUGACCGCUUCCUAGACUUUUGGCGAAAGACAGGUAACCAGAGGAUUGGCUUCCUGUAUGGUCGCUACAAGGAGCACAAAGACAUCCCACUAGGCAUUCGUGCAGAAGUGGCAGCUAUUUAUGAACCCCCACAGAUAGGAACUCAGAAUAGCCUGGAGUUGCUUGAAGACCCAAAAGCUGAUGCAGUGGAGGAAAUUGCUGCCAAGCUGGGCCUGCGGAAGGUUGGCUGGAUUUUUACAGACCUCGUUUCUGAAGACACACGGAUUGGCACAGUCCGCUAUAGCAGAAAUAAGGAUUCUUACUUCUUGAGUGCUGAAGAGUGCAUAACGGCUGGCUAUUUCCAGAAUAAAUAUACCAAUUCCUGCCGGUUGUCCCCUGAUGGUCAUUUUGGUUCAAAGUUUGUAACUGUGGUAGCAACUGGUGGCCCUGAUAACCAGGUGCAUUUUGAGGGCUAUGAAGUGUCAAAUCAGUGCAUGGCUUUGGUGCGUGAUGAGUGUCUACUUCCAUGCCGAGAUGUGCCCGAGCUUGGGUAUGUCAAGGAAUCGAGCACGGAGCAAUAUGUGCCUGAUGUUUUCUAUAAAGAUAAAGAUAAAUUUGGCAACGACAUCACAUACUUGGCGCGACCACUCCCUGUGGAGUACCUAAUUAUAGAUAUAACGACAACUUUCCCUAAAGAUCCUGUGUUCACGUUCACAUCCAUGCACCGCUUCCCUAUUGAGAAUCGAGACGUGCUAGGAGAAACCCAGGAUUUUCAUAGCUUAUCUACGUACCUCUCCCAAAACACAUCCACAGUGUUCCUUAAUGUUGUCUCAGACUUCCAUCUUCUUCUUUUCCUGGUCACCAAUGACAUUAUGCCUCUUGGGGACAGCAUUGGCCUAUUAUUGGACGCUGUGAAGACAUCAAAUGAGGAGCUUGCCCAGACGUGGACAAAGUCAGAGCAGUGGGCAACAAUUGAGCAGCUAUGUGGUACUGUCAGCGUACCGCCGUCCAGCUUACACGACUACGGUGCCAUUGGCGGGACAACGAUACCUCCUGCCUCCUCCUCCUCAAUGUGGUCUUGCCGCCACUGCACAUUCAUGAACCAGCCUGGCAUAGAGCAAUGCGAGAUGUGCAGUCUGCCCCGCAGCUAAGUUCCUCAAUUGGCCUCGCACCAAUCUGACCCCUUUGCUGUCUCCUUCUGGAGAGAGAAAAAAAAAAAAAAAAAUCG